GCGUCCACCUCAAGUGUGCCACAGUCUGGAGAAGAUUCGCUCCCUUUCAAUUUUCAAUCCCAACUUGGGCAUAUGAUGUGGGAAGCAGGGUCGAAACAGAUGAAGGAUACAUUUUCAUCAUACGGAAAAAUAGAUAUAUUUAGACCGUACUUCGAUGUUGAACCCAGCCAGGUGCGUAUUCGUCUUCUUCGAUCAUUUGUACCACGUCGACCAUCCAAAAUGUCGUCUUCAAUUGAUCUUUAUGGUCCUUCAAUGGUUGUGCUCACUAUGGUUGCAUUACUUCUGUACAAUAUGAAGAGCAGCGGAUACGUCGUGCAAAAUGGCACAUUGAUGGGUACAUCUUUCUUUGCUUGUACUGGCUCAUGGCUGUUGCUGUCAGGAGUUCUUUACGUUCUUUGCUUUCUUCUCGGCGCUGAAAUUUCGAUGCUUGAAUUGGUCUCAGUCUUUGGUUAUUCGCUAACGUCGCAGUGCGUAGUGUUAUUGCUCACAUCAAUCUAUCACACGACUCAUGAUCAUCUUUUCUUUUUCGUUUUAGUCGGACUUUGCUGUGUGCCCAGCGCAAUUCGAAUGGUUAGAUAA